AUGAAGCUGGAAGCCAGGAAUACUGAAGAUUUCCUGGCAGAAGGUUUGCGGAAUGAGAACCUCAGUGCUGUGGCGAGGGACCACAGAGACCAUAUCCUACGGGGCUUCCAGCAAAUCAGAACUAGGUACUACUGGGACUUCCAGCCCCAAGGAGGAGACCUUGCACAGGAUAGCUCUGAUGAUAACCAGAGUGGAUCCCGUGGUGCAUCAUUCCCGGCAGAUGCGCCCUUUUUGUCAGACUAUCGGGAUGAGGGAGUGGAAGACGUGGUGAGAGGAGCCCAAGAGCUUGAUAACAUCAUCAAGCAAGGAUACUUGGAAAAGAAAAGCAAAGAUCAUAGUUUCUUCGGCUCGGAGUGGCAGAAGCGCUGGUGCGUUGUUAGCAGAGGCCUCUUCUACUACUAUGCUAAUGAGAAAAGCAAACAGCCCAAAGGGACCUUCCUCAUUAAGGGCUACAGUGUGCGGAUGGCCCCCCACCUGCGAAGAGACUCCAAGAAGGAAUCCUGCUUUGAACUGACCUCCCAGGACAGGCGCAGCUAUGAGUUUACAGCUACCAGUCCAGCCGAGGCCAGAGACUGGGUGGACCAAAUAAGCUUCUUGCUGAAGGAUCUGAGCUCCUUAACCAUUCCAUGCGAAGAGGAGGAGGAAGAGGAGGAGGAGGUGGAGGAGGAGGAAGAGAAGGGGGACGAGGAAGAGGAAGCAGAAGAGGAAGAGAUGUAUGAUGACAUUGAUGGUUUUGACUCCCCAAAUCCUGGUCCCCAGUGCAGGCCCACUGUCUUGCCGGGGGGCAUGGGGAUCCAUGAACCUGCAGAGGAGAAAGAAGACGACAUUUAUGAGGUCUUACCAGUGGACUAUGCCAGUUAUUACCAGGGCCUAUGGGAUUGCCAUGGUGACCAGCCAGAUGAACUGUCCUUCCAACGAGGUGACCUCAUCCGCAUUUUGAGCAAGGAGUACAACAUGUACGGCUGGUGGGUAGGAGAACUCAACAGCCUCGUUGGCAUUGUUCCAAAGGAGUAUCUCACCACCGCGUUUGACCUGGAGGAGAACUGA